CCAAAGUCCAAAGUUUUAUCUACUAUCUAUAUUAUAUGCUAUUAGUCGUGCUAAAUAAAAUUAAAAUAUUUGUCCUGUCACAUGAAGAUAAGAUCACGCCAAAAUUGAUGGCCCACCACACUCACCACCAAAAAUCAUGGCCCACCAACCAUUCCACUCAGCAAUUCUAUCUCUUAUAUAAUGCAUCACUUCUUAAUAAAGUUGUAAUAAAACUAAGUUCACUUACAAAGUUUGAGUUGCAAGAAAGAUUCAUUCAAUUAUGGGUUCUCUUAUGGCAGGUUGGGGAUCUAAUGUCGAAGAUCCUAAAGCUGUUAAGUUUACAAGGAAUAAAUCACUGACCAAGGAUGAAAUUGAAGCCUUUUGGAAAUCGAAGAAACUGAAAGAGGAGGAACACCUAAGAGAUAUCUCUCUUCUCUCACCUCGAACCCAGAAAAUUAUAUUCGAAGAAGCUGUUGAAAGAUGUGAGGGUGCAGAAAAGGAUCUCCUAGAGUUACAAAAGAAUGGCUGGUGGAUAAGCAGUAACUGGGCAUUUCUGAAUGAACCACCGGUAAUUCCACAAGAAGGCAGUGGACACAAGUAUGUAUCACAGUACCAUGUUGCUGAUGUAACCGGUUCGACCACGGCCCACGGGCGGACCGGCGUCAGUUCGUAAACCGCCCGGUCGAAUGCAGUGGUGAUGUAAAUUUUUAAUAACUGACCUAAUGUUAAGGCGUGUGUGAGAUUAUAUUUUGAGAAACUUACCUCUAAAUGAAUUUUGUGUGUUUUUUACUCUUAGAAAUCUCCUUUGUCGGUGCGGACCUGAAAAUCGAUAUGAGUUGAAUUAUAAUGUGCUUUAUUUCUGUUAAA